CAAAGUGUCGUCCCCGGUGUCCAGACGUUAGUGUCGUAUUUGACAGCUUGAGACGGACGGAGGGGAAACUGGCGGGUCAGAAACAGCGGUUCAUUACCGGGAGAGAAGCUUCGACCGGAGGAAUCACGUCCACUUUGUUCCGUUCAGAACCAACCGAGGGAGAUAAACACCGUCUCCCUGUAACUUAACUAGUGGUUAGAUAGUUGUGUAACUAGUUGUUUAACUAGUUACUGUAGCUCAAUCUCCCGGUAAAGGUUAUUACGGCGGAUGGGAUGAAAGCACGACUACAAAGAUUCAAUUUAUUCAAUGUCAAGACGGAGACAAAAGCUGUCCCUGAUAUCAUCAGUACGCUGCGUCAGGCUGGGAAGAGCUCGGCGCGCAACGAUGACCUCGCAGCGCCCACCCCCGCCGCCUCUUCCUCAGAAGACUGUGCUCCGUCCGCGUCGUCGGCCUUCGGCGCCGCCACCAUGUUUGCCAAGAGGUUUGAGGUUCUGUUCUGUGGAAGAGUGACCGUCGCACACAAGAAAGCCCCGCCCGCUUUGAUUGACGAGUGCAUCGAGAAAUUCAGCCAAUCCGUAGGGCCCGGGGGCGAUCCUAAACCAGAAAGUGGCGGUGGAUUGGUGGACGGACUGCAGAGAACUCUGGCCUUACCGACGCUGACGCGAAAUGGAGGAACGGGGGAUGGAGAGGUCAGAGGAAGAGGAUACGGUGCCUCUAGUGGUGGGAGGCCGGCGGUGUUCAAACCAGACCCCAGUUUCCCCUGUCUCCGGGCCCUGGAUGAGAACGGACUGUCACCUGAACUACACACACACACCGCUGGUGUUCAGCCCACCAGUCUACAGGAGAAUAGGACCAUGCUGUUCAUGGUGGGUCGGUCUCAGAUCUUCCUGGUCAGUCCAGACACUAAGAAGGUUGCCAUAGAGAAGAGCUUCAGAGAAAUAUCUUUCUGCUCACAGGGUAUUCAUCAUGUGGAUCACUUUGGGUUCAUCUGUAGAGAGACAGUAGAAGGAGGGAGCUGUACGUUCGUCUGCUAUGUCUUCCAGUGUACUGAUGAAUCCCUGGUGGAUGAGAUCAUGUUGACUUUAAAGCAGGCGUUCUCUGUGGCCGCCCUGCAGCAGAGUGUAAGGACCAGGAGCCAGCAGUGUGACAGUUGCCCCAUGCAGCAGCUGCACAGGCUGUGUGAGAGGAUAGAAGGUCUCCUCCCGUCUAAAGCCAAGCUGGAGUUUCAGAAACAUCUGGCCACACUGGACAACCAGGAACAAGCUGCCGUGUUCGAGAACACUGUGAGGGCCAGUCCUAAGAGUGACCAGGAGGAGAAUGAGCUGCUGAUGGAGUCUUUGAGGAGUCUGUAUGAACAGAAACAGAGGAGUCAUCAACACACAGAUCACAGACCGGUACCAGAGGCUCCAGCCCCAGUAGAGGUCCAGUCCAGUAGCAGACAGAGAUUAGAGCAGUUUAAAACCAGAGCAAAACGCUCCCUCACAGAGUCACUGGAGGGCAUCUGGAAGGGAAGUAGCAAAGCCAGGGCUCAGAGAGAGAACAGUGGAGACAUCAGUUCAUCUGACUCUACACUGAACUUCACUGGACAGGACCCCUCCCUAGAAGACCCCCUCCCCUCCUCCAAUCCUCUGCGGUCUCACAACUCGACAGGGGACCUGAAGCGUCUGGCCACCUCUCCUCUCUCCGUCUCUCCUUCCUUCUCAUCCCUGUCUCUGUCCUCCCGGGACGCACGGUCCCAGCCUCAUGGCUUCAGGCGGAGAGCCAGCACCUUCAGCCACUCCCCUUCCUACCACGACCACGCCCCUUCCGACCCUGACCACACCCCCUCGUAUACACACACACCCCAGGUACCCAGCGGCUCCACCAAGCCCAAACUGGUCCGGCACUACUCUGUCAGCACCGACACACCGCACCAGAGCAAUGACGUAGCAGCCCUGUCCAGUCCGGUAGCAGUGUGUGUGGUAGGAGACAGUCCUCUACGGAGACACUCCUGGAGACAACAGAUCUUCCUACGUGUCGCUACCCCUCAGAAAAACACUGACAGCAAUGACAGGGGUGACUGCUCCUUAGAUGGCAGGGGCUUGUCUGUGUGCGGGGUUGGAGACGGAUCACUGGGCGUGGUUCCGGAGGAGAGGAAGAAACGUGGCCGAGCAGAACUGAGACAGCUGUGGAGGAAGGCCAUCCUGCAACAGACACUACUGCUGAGGAUGGAGAGAGAGAACAGCAAGAUACAGGGUAACAGAAUGGAGAGAACAGCAAGAUACAGGGUAACAGAAUGGAGAGAACAACAAGAUACAGGGUAACAGAAUGGAGAGAACAACAAGAUACAGGGUAACAGAAUGGAGAGAACAGCAAGAUACAGGGUAACAGAAUGGAGAGAACAACAAGAUACAGGGUAACAGAAUGGAGAGAGAGAACAACAAGAUACAGGGUAACAGAAUGGAGAGAGAACAACAAGAUACAGGGUAACAGAAUGGAGAGAACAACAAGAUACAGGGUAACAGAAUGGAGAGAGAGAACAGCAAGAUACAGGGUAACAGAAUGGAGAGAGAACAACAAGAUACAGGGUAACAGAAUGGAGAGAGAGAACAACAAGAUACAGGGUAACAGAAUGGAGAGAGAACAACAAGAUACAGGGUAACAGAAUGGAGAGAACAGCAAGAUACAGGGUAACAGAAUGGAGAGAACAACAAGAUACAGGGUAACAGAAUGGAGA